AUGGACGCUUUACCUGGAGCGACACUAAGCAAUCACAGACUCGACAAGCGAACCACUUUUGUACAAGGAGGGCGAACACUGGAUCUCAUAGGUCAUCUUCACUGCGACGUCUUCAAUCAAGGUAAAUUCUUGAUCAACGGUGUCGAAGUGCGCAUGAGGCUUGUUCGUUUGAAAGAUUCCUUCUGUCUUAUGGAGGAAAAUACUAUGUCACGGAUACGCAUUUUAGAUGCUACACUACUCAUUAGAAGAGCUAGAAUAAACCCAGGCAUAUUACUCGCUCAUAUGAAAAUGUUGACCAGGACUACUGCUAAAUACUCCCUCACGAGAGUCGAGGUUAAAUCAUUUACGAUCCAUAGUGGCGUCGUAGAAGAGACACUGAACAACGUCAUUCUUGGACAAAUACCAAAGCGCAUAAUUGUCGGCUUUGUCGAUAACAAAACAUUUAACUGUGCCCGGCAUUUAAAUCCAUUCAAUUUCCAGCAUUAUGUGAUAAAUUUCUUUUCGUUGUAUGUCGAUGGUGUUCAAAUCUCUAGUAGACCGUUACAACUCAAAUUCUCUGGUAACGGGAUGCUCUACGCCGAGGCGUAUCACACACUUUUCUCAGGAACGGACAUUCACUUCUUGAACGAAACUAAUUCUAUAUCCAGAGAAGAUUAUCCUGCUAGUUAUACUCUUUUCGCUUUUGAUCUCACUCCUGAUCUGUCAGGUAAUUGCGUGAGCCAAUGGAACCUUGUGAAACACUGUAGUUUACGAAUGGAAGUACGAUUCGAAAAAGCUUUCACAAUAACGGUCAAUUGCUUAGUUUACGCUGAAUUUGAAAAUGUACUGGAAAUAAAUUCUUCUCAUCAAGUCAUUAGUAAAAAUUUUGAGAAAAGAACUCAGUCGACUUCGAGCCGUAAAGAGUAUAGUUUCGGCAAAGCAGAAUUGCGAAUACAGCGAGAACAUGUGAUCAUCGAAGUGCAGUGCUUCCGCGAUAGCAACGAUACCUAUGUGCUCAAGGAGGUGGCUAUUGUCAGUAUUAAUGAGGCAUUUGUCGGACAUUGGAUUUUAGCUCCAGAGUAUUCAUUUGCGGAAUUGAACAAAAAAUCAAGAUGGAUAAAGAACUGGCUUUCGCUGAAUUAUUAUGGAAUCGAGUGGUAG